ACAAGACAUCCAAUUUAACUACAGAUUACAAGAAUAAGAAGCAGAAAGAAAUUUGAGAAUGGAUUUUGACGAGAAUAUAAUAGAAGUUUGGGAUGGUUCUAAUCUUAUUCCCCAAUCAGAGACAGAAGCAGAAGAAACCGAACCAACUGCUUCAGCUGGUGACAACAAAAGUGACGUCAAAUGCUGUGUAUAUUUGAUGACAUUGUUUUCCUUUGGUCUUGUCUCCAGCACGAUACUAUGUUUACGAUUUCUAUCUGAUUUAUCGAAAGAAGUACAUGGCGAUACCGAAUACCUAUACCCUCUUUGUCCAAUUCUAACCACCAUUGCUGCGGCUGGAAACUUUUGUUAUCUCGUUUUGGUUAUUGCCACCUUCCUAAAAAGUGGCUGUAAGGGAAAGGUCAUUGUCUCUGUGCAAAAACUAUUUUUUCUUGUCCUUGGCUUUUUCACAAUCGCAUCUUUCUUAGCUGAGGCAUUCAACAGUGAAAACUCCUGCCCGUUACUAUAUAUCAUUUUGUGUUGUACGUUUACGACUAUUCAAACGUUUUACCUAUGUUCAAGUGAUUCCCAUUUUCUUCAAAUAUAUAAACUGACCAGUGUUGCAUUCUCUAUUUUAAUGGCGGUAAAUUUAUGCAUUUGGCUGGAUACAGAAACAGAGGAAAUUUACAACAUUUUCCAUAUAUCUGAUUCCGGUAAUUUUAGUUCAAAUGCUACCGGAAAUGCAAAACAGAAAAGUCUUUAUGACGAUAUUUCAGAUGCAAUUGAUCCUUUCUCAACACCAUUAAAGAUCGAAUAUUUUCUCAUGGCUUUAGAAUUACUGACAUCGAAACUGGACGACAAAAACCCUACCUGCAUGGGACGAACUCACUCGAAUGAAGUAGUGACAAACCGAAAUUGUCUUCAGAAGAUUUUAUUAAAAUUAAAUGAUAAACAGCAAAUCAAAUUUACAAUUAAAGGAAUCUUUUGUUUCCUCAUUUUUCUAUUCGUUUUAUUUGCAAUAAUUGUCGUGAUUGUUAAACCUAAGCCUGGUGAAUUGAAUAUGAAAGUAUACCAUGUUUAUUGCAAUACUGAAUUUGGUUUUGAAAUAUUACAAUUUUUGUUCCUUUUGAUAGUUAUAAUUGCAACCUAUCCUUGGUUUUGGCAGGCAAACAUGCAUUUGGACACAAUCGUCUUCUCAAUAUGCGCCUUUGCAAACAUUUCAUAUAAUUUUUUUAGCUGUUUUGGUGCUUUUUCAAUUAGACAAAACGUUGGAGGGGCAAAUGCAAUCCUUGUAAUGCUAAACACUUUCCUUCAAACUACAUAUCUGGUUGUUCUUAAUCAUAAUGAGAACAAAGAAACCUACCAGCAGCACUUGGGCGUUAUGUUUUUCCUGCUUGCCAUCAAUAACUUAGCAUUUUGGAUGGUCGAUUCCUUAGCACAAGAAAGAUAUCCUCCUUUUACAUAUUCAUCACAAAAAUUUUACAAUGACAUCUGGUGGAAAAUAUUCAAUAAAAUUGUUUUUCCACUUGUGAUUUUCUACCGAUUCAAAGCAGCGAUGUAUUUCUUUGAAAUGGAGACAAAGGAGGACACGUGCACUAAGGAUAUGAGCACUCAGUGUGACAGCGAUACAGAAAUAGAAGAUGAAGAAACAGUUGUAAAGGAUACAAGUUAAAAAUUCAAUCUCCAUUUAAUGUUCCUUAACAUAACACAAAGACAUAUUGUCAACCAACUCCUAUAGCAAUUUUUGAGUUAAAAAUGUCAUGCGUUAAUCUUGAAAAAAUAUCUGUUUCAAUUAAUAUUUGAAAAUAUUUCUGAAUAAUUUAAAUAUUUAUUUCAAAGUGAAUCUUACAUAUAUCGGUGACAAAAGUAAGAAGAAAAGUAUGUUAAUUAAAUGGAAAUGAUUUUAAGGAGAUAUGUCUAUAUGCAUUAAUUAAUAUGCUUGAUGAAUUAUGUGAAAGAUGAAAAUAUGCAUAAUAAAUUUACUGAACAU